AUGAACACUUCAGAACUGUCGAUUGCUGAAGAAAUAGACUACGAAGCUCUCCCAUCACAUGCACCUUUGUACUCUCAGUUACUGGCAGGCGCAUUUGCUGGCAUAAUGGAGCAUUCUUUGAUGUUCCCCAUAGAUGCUCUAAAGACUCGAGUACAAGCUGCAGGUUUGAAUAAGACCGUCUCUUCUGGGAUGAUAUCUCAGAUAUCCAAGAUAUCUACCAUGGAAGGAUCGAUGGCCCUAUGGAAAGGUGUUCAAUCGGUCAUGCUGGGGGCAGGACCGGCCCAUGCUGUAUAUUUCGCUACAUAUGAAUUCUGCAAAGCUCGCUUGAUUAGCCCUGAAGAUAUGCAGACACAUCAGCCAAUGAAGACUGCAUUAAGUGGUACUGUUGCUACUAUUGCUGCUGAUGCGCUCAUGAACCCUUUUGAUACCGUUAAGCAAAGAUUACAGUUGGAUACUAAUCUAAGAGUUUGGGGCAUCACGAAGCAAAUAUAUCAGCAUGAAGGUUUUGCGGCGUUUUAUUAUUCCUAUCCAACAACAUUGGCCAUGAACAUCCCAUUUGCUGCUUUCAACUUUAUGAUAUAUGAGUCUGCUAGCAAGUACUUCAACCCACAAAACUCGUACAAUCCAUUAAUCCAUUGUCUUUGUGGUGGAUUGAGUGGUGCCACUUGUGCCGCAUUAACCACGCCUUUGGACUGUAUAAAGACUGUUCUACAAGUUAGAGGUAGCGAGACUGUUUCUAUCGGAAUAAUGAAGGACGCCAAUACUUUCGGCAGAGCUUCGAGAGCUAUACUGGAGGUUCAUGGCUGGAAAGGUUUCUGGCGCGGUUUGAAACCAAGAAUAGUGGCCAAUAUCCCAGCCACUGCCAUUUCUUGGACUGCAUAUGAAUGUGCUAAGCACUUCUUAAUGAGUAACUAA